AUGUGGUGGUUUUGGCUGCGACUGUUUCUAGCUCAGUUCAGGAUUAGUUCCGACAACAUCCACGGCCUACGAAGUGUUCCGCUGUUACGAUGGUCACAGCAAGUGAAGCUGACUCUUACGCUAGAAAGUUUCCGUCAGGAAAGGGGACAACAGCAGCAUGAGCUCAUGGUGAAACCGAAUAUACCAGUAGAGCUCCCAUCAGUACGGCUCACCUUCACCUCCAUAAGCGGCCCCCGACACCGUUACUCCACACUAGACGCGCUCAGCGACUAUCGCUGCGCGGCUGCCGAGAGCAAAGUCGUAUGUGAAUGUCCCACCAUCGACACUGAGGAAGAGUUCAACCAUCUCGAGGCAAAGCUCCCGAUAAACACUGCCACCUGGGAGCGAAACGACCAAGAAGAACAUGGUUGGAUACCUGAUAUGGUAUCAGCUGACUUAUCCAUAAACUUUCACUCUACCCUAGACACCAUAUCCUUGCUGAUUUACAACGAUCAAUGCUCCGUAGAAAAUACAGAGCUUCACGGAUGCUAUCGCUGGUCACAAGGAGCACAGGCAAAGAUACGAUGCACGUCGGAUAACGAUACACUGGGUGAGAUUCUUUGCGACCAAGAGUCGUUUGUCGUACCAUGUUCACAACAGUCACAGAAUCUCUGUUACGAUUCAACUUCGAUUCCGGUCGACAGUUCCUUAACUGUUCGAUAUCAUGUGGAUCCGUUACCAACCACUUCGUGCUCGCGGGAGUUCUCAAGUACACCGGCACAAUUCCAUGGCCUUUGCAGCCAUGCUUAA